AUGUCAACGAAAGAAGGUGUGUUUCCGGAAGACGUGGCUGUUGCUGCAGUGGCAGCUGUCAUCCAAAAUUAUUCUGAGAAGAGCUUUUUUGUUCUGUUUGUCUCAUCCAACUACAUUAUCAAGAUGAUUUCUCUAACGGACUCCCAAAAGAUUGGAAUGGGAUUAACAGGCUUCGGCGUGUUUUUCCUCUUCUUCGGGAUGAUCCUGUUCUUUGACAAAGCACUUCUGGCUAUUGGAAAUAUUCUCUUUGUUGCUGGACUCUCCUUUGUCAUCGGCCUUGAGAGGACCUUCCGCUUCUUUUUCCAGAAGCACAAGAUGAAGGCCACCAGUUUCUUCCUGGGAGGAGUGUUUGUGGUGUUGAUUGGCUGGCCCAUUAUUGGAGUUUUGCUCGAGAUCUAUGGUUUUUUUCUCUUGUUCAGGGGCUUCUUUCCAGUGGUUGUAGGCUUUAUCAGGAGAAUACCAGUCCUUGGCUCCAUCCUAAACCUGCCCUUUAUCAGUGCAUAUGCGGACAAAGUGGGCGAGAGCAACACUAUGGUAUAACAGUGACUUUUUGUAACCAGAGAAAAUUGUUUGAUUAUAGGUUUUAUAACGCAUCACAAUCUCCCAUGGUGCUGAGUAAAAGCGCCUAAAUAUACAGAUCAGAUUCAGAUUUCCACAUUCAAGCAGACAAGGACUGUUUUUGUCUGUAACUUCAGUGGUCAGCACUACCAAUCGCAGAUUCAUCGUUGUAUCGCAACAUCAGUUUCUUACUGUCAACACUAAAGUCUCUACAAUAAAUGUUUCAAAUGACAUCGAUCCCUUUGCCAUUGACUGCAUCUUGCAUUUAAAAGGAGGAUAGAAGACUCCCUCAAGGCCCAACUUUGUCUACAUGAUGUUCUUAAUCUGUGGAACUAUCAGAUAAAACUACCCAGUACAAGGACAAGAAGUGGAAGUGCAUCCUGCCAUGUUUGCCACGUUUGUGCCUGUGCUUUAACUUAAUUUGCACAAAAGCUUUUAAAUCCAGGAUUUUGUUUACAGUUACACCCCUGUUUCAGCUGUUGGAAUACCAAGUAUGGCUGUUGUAAUAUUUACUUUGUCCAUUUCUUUGUGAUUGUGUUCAGUGUUGGCUAGAAGUGUUUCUGUAUAAAUUAUUUUUUAAAUAUGA